CUGAGAGGUGAGAGGUAUAUUUGCCUAAUUUCCAUAUGCCCUGCUUAGCUUAUUUUCCGCUAGUCAUUUAACAUGAUCAAUUGACAACGACAUUUGCUAUCACCUAUCGUACUAUAAGGAUGCUUCGCAAAAUUCUCCCCGCAAUUGCCUCCUCAACGCAUUUGACUAGAUGUUUUAGCAUUUGCCCACUGCCCGCACAUUUACAAGAGCUCCAAAGGACUUGUCGAAACUUUGCGGAUCGAGAGCUUGUACCGAUUGCUACGGAACUCGAUCGUGAUUCACGCUUUCCUGCAGAGCAGAUUGCGAAGUUGGCGGAUUUGGGACUCAUGCGAGUCACUGUUGACCCUGAAUAUGCAGGCUCAGGAUUGAAUAUGCUAGCACUCUCGCUGGUGGUAGAGGAACUGUCCCGGGGCUGUGGAAGCACCGGUUCGAUAGUUUCGAUACACAACUGUCUGUUCGCAAAUCUGCUCAAUCGAGCAGGUACUGAAGCACAAAAACAACAUUUUUUCGGCAAAUAUUCGAACAGUUCGAUAGGUGUAUUUGCGCUUAGUGAAGCGGAUGCUGGUUCCGACGUAGCAGCCUUAAAUACGAAAGCCCACUCGGAUGAUGAUCAUUGGGUUUUGAAUGGCACAAAAGCGUGGGUUACGUCUGCAGUAGAGGCACAAUGUGGCAUCAUUUUUGCCACCGUAGAUACCGAUUUAAAGUACAAAGGGAUCACUGCCUUUUUGCUUGACUUUGAUAAGGUAACCGGAUUAACGGUGGGCCCCAAGGAAGAUAAACUUGGCAUUCGAGCAACAUCCACAUGUAGUUUAUAUUUGAAUGAUGUUCGUGUUCCUAGAUCAAACAUUCUUGGAACGGUUGGGGGUGGUUUUCGAUUGGCAAUGGAGCAGUUAGAUCGUGCUCGCAUAGGAAUCGCUUCGCAAGCGCUUGGAAUAGCGCAGGCGGCACUGGAGGCGGCUGUUUGCUACGCCGAUCAAAGAAUUGCCUUUGGACAAUCACUGCUAAAACUAUCAUCCGUUCAAAGCAGGAUUGCCGAAAUGGCGCUUCGUAUCGAAAAUGCCAGGCUGCUCGUUCGAAAAGCAGCUACCGACAUUGACCGGGAUCAACGUGCAACUAAAUCUUGUUCGAUGGCCAAAUGGUAUGCAGGUGAAACGGCCACUUUCGCAGCGCACAACUGCCAGCAAAUCAUGGGUGGGAUGGGCUACGUUAAAACCAUGCCGGCCGAACGUUUCUAUCGUGAUGCAAGGAUAACGGAAAUCUACGGGGGUGUAACCGAUGUACAAAAAACCAUCGUUGCGGAACAGGUGAUAAAGCAAAUAAAAGGGUGUUAGAAAAUGCUUAAAGCGUGGCUGAUGCAAAAUGUGUCUUUAAGACGUAACUACUAUUUAAUAGGUGAUGGAUAAAUAAAUUUAAAAUGCUUUGU